UACACACAACCACACUCACACACACACUCAGACAUACUGCAAACUCUCAACAGGAAACUCUGAGCCAUAAUGCGAAGGCACCUCAGAGCAGACGGGUGCAUUGCUCAAACCAAGUGGGAUACCGUGCGGCUUUGAUAGUGCGUUAAUUACUCAUGUGAUGUGAUACAGAUGUCUGGGGGCUUCAGCCGAAAGUUUGCCUGACAGUUUCCAAGGGGGCCAGGCAGACAUUUUAGAAGCGAGAUAUACUGGGACUGCAUUUCAAUCAGUGAAAUCAAAGCGCUGACUGUGUUCCACGAUGGGCAACGCAGCUCUACAUAUGUUGGUGCUAAUGGCCUGUAUGGCAGCCAGAGGAAUGUGCCAGAUAAACAGAGCUCAAGCCGAGACGGACCUGGGAACCUACAGCACCGUCAGUCCGAGCACGGACCCAGGGCUCCAUCAGUGGGGCCUGGGGGCCUAUUCAUCCCCCUCUGCCAAUGAGACUGUGGUAAAGAGGCCGGUACCACCUCCGAUGUGCCUGCAAAUUACUUCUAUUAAGGACUACUUUAAGUAUAUCAACACCACGAUUUCCGUGAUAGUGUUCGCAGUCGGCCUGAUUGGAAACGCCACCCUGCUGAGGAUUAUUUACCGCAAUAAGUGCAUGAGGAAUGGGCCCAAUGCCCUGAUCGCCAGCCUAGCACUGGGUGACCUCAUCUACAUUUUCAUUGAUAUACCAAUCAAUGUUUACAAGCUCCUGGCGUCACGUUGGCCAUUUGACGACAGCGUUGUCGGCCUGUGUCUGUGUAAGCUGGUGCCCUUCCUGCAGAAAGCCUCUGUGGGCAUCACUGUUCUCAACCUGUGUGCCCUCAGCGUGGACAGGUACAGAGCCGUGGCUUCCUGGAGCAGAGUGCAGGGCGUGGGCAUCCCUCUGUUCACUGUCAUUGAGAUCGUGUCUAUCUGGCUGCUGUCGCUCAUCCUGGCGGUACCGGAGGCCAUCGUGUUCGACAUUGUCCCCUUCAACUACAGGAAUCAAACCUUACGCACUUGCAUGAUGAACCCCACAACUAACUUCAUGAUGUUCUACAAGGAUGCAAAGGACUGGUGGUUGUUUGGCUUCUACUUCUGUGUCCCGCUCGCCUGCACUGGAAUCUUUUACACUCUGAUGACCAGCGAGAUGCUCAACCACAGGAACGGCAGCCUGCGGAUCGCUCUCAGUGAGCACCUCAAACAGAGAAGGGAAGUGGCCAAAGCUGUCUUCUGCCUCGUCCUCAUCUUUGCCCUCUGCUGGUUUCCACUGCACCUCAGCAGGAUCCUAAAGAAGACGGUUUACUACCAGAAUGAUAAUUCGCGCUGUGAGCUGCUUAAUUUCCUUUUGGUCCUGGAUUACCUUGGUAUCAACCUUGCAACCAUCAACUCCUGCAUAAACCCCAUUAUCCUCUACUUUGUGAGCAAGAAGUUUAAAAACUGCUUCAAGUCAUGUUUGUGCUGCUGGUGUUACUCUGACAACCAGCAGAGCAGCAUCGGUCCCAUGAACGGCACCAGUAUCCAGUGCAAGAGCCCCGAGCCCAACAACCUGUUCAGCGACCGCAGCAUCAGGAAAGACAGCAACUGAAUCAUUCAAUUGCCUGAGGACUUUUAUGUUUUCAAGCUUUUCCAUUUCCCCAAGAUGCUUUUAAGACGCAAGCAGUUAAGAAAAAGUACUUUUUCAGCCAACGUCCACCACUGACGCAACAUAUGAGCCUAAUGGGAACAAUUGAUUUUCAGUUCUAUGCACAUUUGGACGGAUGGAGCCACAAAACACGAGACCUUCACACGAUGGACCUUUGUUUGGUCAGGAUUGUUUCUUCUAUCCACUAUUGUUCAACUUCAAUCACAUGUUUAUUAUUGUAACCAUGAGGCCAAAGGUCCUCCAACCAUAAGGAAUAACCUUAACUCAAACCAUCGUGUUUUCUUUAACCUAACCAUGCAGUGACCAUUCCAUAAGCUUGACUGCAUAUUUAUUAUUACGACUUUGAGUAAGAAGGUCCAGGAGGCCUCUGCUUGGGACGAACGACAUCCGGCCAACUACAAUUGUUCUGACUAGAAGACUUGUUGGAACUACGUCAGUGCCAGAAUAUGAUCAAAAACAGUUCACUGGCACAAAAUUAGAAAAGUGCAGGACUGUUUGUAUAGCAGAUAAGGUUCAACUCUGUGUUUUUAUAGCACAGGUCAAGCAAAUGAUAAAUAUGUAGUAAUGCAUUAUGACAGGUCUGGUAUCACCAUUCACCAAAAAUGGACAGGAAUGAUCUUUUAAUAGCACUGUGAAUUUUACUAUACUACAACAAUAGGCUAAUUGUGCAUGUAUAAGCCAUGGAAUAUAUAUAUAUAUGUAUAGUGUCCACUUUUAUAAAGUGUUAUAUUGCUGUAAUGAUAAGUAUUUUAUCCAAUUAUGUAAUGACAGAGGUGGAUGAGUUUUAAUGGUGGUGGUAAACUUACAAUUUGUCACUUUGCGUUUCUUGGUUUACGCUAAUGGAUGAAGUCUGAUCUGUUUAAUCUCACUUUGGCAGUUUGGGACACAUGUAGAGGCUGGUAGUGUAUCAGGGGGUUCACUAAAAGGUCCAGUGUGUAAGAUUUAGGUGAAAGGGAUCUACUGACAGAAAUUCAAUAUAAAUAUAAAAUGUUUCAUCAGAUAGUAAAAAUUCUUGUUUUCUUUGACCUAGAACGGGCUCUUUAUAUUUAAAUACUUUAUAUUUACAUUGAGUGGGUCCUCUCUAUGAAGGCAGCCAUGUUUUUUACUGUAGCCCAGACUGGACAAACUAAACACCUUUUGAGUUUUUAUGAAAACUGAAGCCACCACUUGUUCUCUGUCAUGUUUGGUGGAGGAGGGGGAGGAGAGGGGUAUUCAGCUGCAACAUGACACUUUACCACUAGAUGUCACUAAAUUUACACACCUUUAAGUAACUAAUUAAUGUAAUAACAUAGUAAUUAGUUAGAGCUUUGUGUAACGUACCGAUCACUAUUGGUGGGGUUUAUGUCUGUAUCUUGGCUGACAGCUAACUUGCUGCUAGCUCUAGCAUUAUAUUUAACCCGCAGAAAUGAAAACAAUGUCAGUCUCCUCAACUCAUCCAAGAAAGUAAGUACAGGAAAUUAUAAGUGUUCUUUGUGUGGCAAUCAUGUUCAACUAUACUGCCUUAUAAUGUUUGAUAUGUGAAUACAUGUAAACCUGUGUGCAUUUGAACAUGCGAGUGUGUGUGUGUGUGUUCCACUUCUUUGUUUGUGGGGUGUUUUGCACACAUUUGUGUACAUAAGACUAAGCGAUAUCUGUACAGUAUUAUUUUACCACUAUCCAUCAACAUACAUACGUUACACAUACACAUUACUCUGUGGAAGAUGGAAUUCGUAUGUUUGUUGCCUUUGAUUUAACAUGUAAACCUCGUGUUUGUGCUGCUGCUUCUACCAAUAAAUCCAUUUUCCAUA